GAUGCCCUUCCUCCAGACGUCUACUACUUCUCCCAGUUGACAUCAACAGACCAUGCUGGUAUCGUCUAUGUGGUCUGCAUCGUCAGUCUAACAUAUGCAAUUCUCUGCAGCAGUGUUCGUUUCGUUCUGCGCCGCGGCAUGUACAGCUUUGACGAUGCUGCACUGCUAGUGUCCACUCUUGCGUGUGUAGUCCAGCAUACAUUCGUGUUCGUUGCGCUCCACAAUUGCCUGGGAAACUCAUCAAGCAUUCUUCGGCCACAGCAUCAAGAGAUACUCAACAAUAGCAGUUACACGCGGCUUGUUUUGUUCUUUGUGGUCAUCUACUUGGCCAAAAUUUCCUUGACACUUUUUACUCGCCGGCUGUUUUACGGCCAGGAACGAUUCAAUCGAAUUAUCUGCGAUGUCAUGCUCGUUGUCAACCUCGUUUUCUUGGUUGUCAGCAUCCUGCUUAUCUCUAUCGAUUGUCACGCUGGAUGGUAUUUCAAGAACAAAGAGCUGUGUCCUGGGCUGCAAAGUAGAUGGGUCACGAUCAAGACACUCGACGUGUUGUCUGAACUGGCCAUCGUGAUUGUUCCGAUCGUACUUAUUUGCAGAAUUCUGCUAAACCCGAAGCACAAAGCAGUCAUCAUCGGUACUUUCGCUGCGAGGCUUCCUGUCAUCGCCUUCACUAUGCUUCACUUGUACUACCUGGAUCUGUCUCUGAAAAAUACUCAAGAUCGAGGCUUAGCAAUUGUUCAACCAGUUGUCUGGCUCCAGGUCACUCUUCUCUGGAGUAUGGUUACAGCAUCACUCCCGUCUUUCAGACCACUGAUUUCACCUUUCGAUACUGUGAUGGAAGAUUCUCCCAACCAUUCCGAACCACGCAGCAAUGGCGCUGUGCUCAUCAUGGGAACUGACAAG